AUGAGCCUACAAUAUCCUCUUUUGUUUCCAUAUGGUGAGUAUGGUUUCCACCCCGAGAUCCCAUUACAUCUUGAGACAGGCACUUCAAGAACAAGGCAAUUCCUGACCAUCCGCCAGUUCUAUGCUGCUCAAAUACAGACCCGUCUUAAGCAAGGGCUGACAUUGAUUAAGGGCGGUCGUCUACUCCAUCAGUAUAUUGUUGAUAUUUAUACAGCAAUUGAGGAAGAUCGACUAAGGUGGGCAAGGAAUAAUCAAGAUAUUCUGAGAGCUGAGCUUUACAAUAAUGUACUCGACGCUGUUUGCAAGGGUGAUACAGAUGCUAAAAUUAUUGGUCAGAGGUUCAUACUGCCACCAAGUUUCACCGGGGGACCCAGAUACUUAGUUGAGAAAUACCAUGAUGCAAUGGCUAUUUGCAGAGAAUAUGGGAAUCCAGAUUUGUUUAUUACGAUGACGGCCAAUCCGAACUGGAAAGAGAUUAAAGAGCAUCUUGCGAAAUACGGUGGAGAAUCUCCCAACGAUAGACCAGACAUCGAAUGUCGGGUCUUUAAGAUGAAGUUGGACCAGCUACUCAAGGAUUUCAAAAAAGGUACUUACUUCAAGCCAUACACAGCUGCUCUACACAGGAUAGAGUUUCAGAAAAGAGGACUCCCUCAUGCACAUAUACUAUUGUGGUUUGGAAACUCUUCCAGAACACCAAGUGCAGAGGAAGUAGAUGAGAUUAUCUCAGCUGAGCUUCCCAACAAGGAAGAAGACCCAGAAGGUUACAAUUUAGUAACAAAACACAUGAUUCAUGGUCCAUGUGGUCUUAUUAAUCCAAAGUCACCAUGUAUGGAGAAUAAUGUGUGCACGAAAAAGUUUCCUCGGGCGUAUAAUAACAAUACUUUGAUUGACAAAUCAGGGUAUGUAUUGUAUCGUCGGCGCCAGAACGAAAAUGCAUCUGCAUUAAAAGAUGGAACAAUCGUAAACAACAAUUUUGUUGUACCUCAUAACAUUAACCUCUUGAAGAAGUACAAAGCACAUAUUAAUGUUGAAUGGUGUAAUCGGACAAGUGCCGUGAAGUACUUAUUCAAGUACAUAACCAAGGGUGUUGACAGAGCUUCUGCAGUUAUUGAACAGGGAAAUACGGGAGCUUUAUCCACAGGGGCCUCUGGUGAACCAAAGGAAAGAGUUAUCAAGCAACGGAAUGAGAUCCAAGAAUUCAUCGAUGCACGAUACUUAUCCGCUUGUGAAGGUAUGUGGCGGACGUUUGCAUUCCACAUACACAAAAGGAAGCCAUCAGUUGAGAAGCUUAUCAUCCACUUAGAAGGUGAACAUAACAUCACUGUUAAGGAAACUGAUAACCUCGGGCGUGUAGUCCGCAAGCCAGGUAUCGAGAAGACGAUGUUCACUGAAUGGAUGGUCCUAUGCAGAAGAUCAGCAUUUGCACGGACAUUAACUUAUGUGCAAAUUCCGCAAUAUUUCGUGUGGAACAACAGUAGCAAAGUCUGGACUGAACGUAAGAAAGGAAAAGCAAUUGGGAGAAUCGUAGCUGUCCACCCAUCGUCAGGCGAUCGUUACUACCUAAGGAUUCUCAUAAAUAAGAUUAAGGGUCCUCGAAGUUAUGACGAGCUCAAAACGUUUAACGAUGUUAAAUACCCAGAUUUCAAAUCGGUUUGCUACGCACGAGGAUAUCUGGACAAUGAUGUUGAAUGGAUCGAGAGUAUGUCAGAGCCUGCUAGAUCGGCUACGCCAUUUCAACUUCGGGAUAUGUUUGUUACAUUCCUGAACCACUGCUUUGUUGCAAGCCCUAGGAAAUUAUGGGAACACUCCUGGAAAUCAAUGAGUGAUGACAUACUUCGCAAGAGGCAAAGACUCUUGGGUCACUCAAAUCUAGAACUGGACGAUGAGACCCUUGAGCAAUACACUUUAAUUGAAGUGGAAAAGUUGCUGCGGAAGCAUGACCGCUCAAUAAGUGAUAUUAAAGAUAUGCCUAAGAUCAAACCUGUUUUGCUAAAGAAAUUGGGUAACAGUUUGUGGACCCAAGAAUUGGAUUAUGAUGUCGCAGAGGAAACAUUAAGACAUGACACACAGUUUACCCUUCUUAAUGCUGAUCAACGUGCGAUUUAUGAUUCAGUUUUAGACUCCGUUGAUAAAAAGUCUGGAAAGCUAUUCUUUGUUAAUGGCGCAGGUGGUACGGGAAAAACAUUCCUAUACCAAACCAUUAUAUCCAGACUUCGUUCAAAAAAACAAAUCGUCCUACCGGUUGCUUCUUCAGGGAUAGCCGCAUUGCUCUUACCUAACGGAAGAACAGCUCAUUCCCGCUUCAAUAUUCCUUUGAAGCUUUCUGAAGAUAAGUUAUGCAACAUCAAACCAGGAACAAUGCUGGCUGAGUUAAUUGAGAAAACGGACCUCAUAAUUUGGGAUAAGGCGCCUAUGACUCAUAAGCAUGCUUUUGAAGCACUAGAUAAGACUUUGAAGGAUAUAAUGUCGAGGAAAAAUCCUCCCGCAAAGGAAAUGACUUUUGGUGGAAAGACAAUUUUGUUGGGUGGUGAUUUUAGACAGAUUUUACCAGUAAUUCCUCAAGGUAGUAGAGCUGAUACUGUCUUAGCUUCAAUAAGUCAUUCCUAUCUGUGGGAUAGCUGCAUCAAGUUUACUUUAAAAGUAAACAUGCGAGUCAAUCAGGACGAAAAAGAGUUCUCAGAGUGGCUUCUCAAGGUCGGAGAAGGUCAAUCACAAUCAUCAGAAGAAGAUGAGGAUGAUGGUUACCAUGAGCAAAUGAUAACUGUUGACGACUCAUUGGUUCACCAGACUACGGAUGAUCCUUUAAAACAAGUUGUGAGUGCUGCAUAUGGAGACAUCAACAAAUUAAAUAUCUCUACGAGCUCCUACACUGAUAGAGCUAUCCUCACUCCCCGAAAUGAGACAGUUGAUGAAAUCAAUGCGUACACAAUCUCCAACCCAGACGGAGAUUCGAGAGAUUACUACAGCUGCGAUAGCUUUGAAAUUUCCGAUACUCAAUCUGAUCAAAAUGAUGCUCUUUACGCGAUUGAGUAUCUCAAUGCUUUGGAGUUCUCAGGAUUGCCUUCUCACAAGCUCACUCUUAAAGUCGGGGCCCCAGUUAUGCUUCUGCGAAACAUAAACCAAACAAAAGGAUUAUGCAAUGGUACCCGUAUGAUUCUAAACUACGUAGGCGAACGAGUGCUUAUGGCAGACAUAAUAACUGGCUCACACGCUGGACAAGAAGUUUUGAUCCCAAGGAUUGUUCUCCUGCAUGAUGACACAAAGCUACCAUUCACCUUACGUCGUAGGCAAUUCCCUAUCAGAUUGUGUUACGCAAUGACAAUCAACAAAAGUCAAGGACAAAGCUUAAAGGAGGUUCUUUUAUAUCUGCCUAAACCAGUCUUCGCGCAUGGGCAACUAUAUGUGGCCCUCUCACGUGUAACAAGCAAAUCAGGACUAACAAUCAUUAAAGCCGAAGACCAUCAUCCACAAAAGGUGAAGAACAUAGUAUACAAGGAGAUCUUCAAUCGUCUCCGCACCCAUGAAAGUAAGUAA